AUGCAUCGUCAUGAAUGGAUCGAGCGAUCAAACUCACAUCACCUCGUUAUAGACCUGAUUCAGACCUCGCGGUAUGACCGCUACAUGCCCUACUACACGAUAUUUGCCGCCGUGUGGGCUACAUUGAUUGCAGGUGCUCUCAAGUUGCAAGAGGCCCGCAACAGUAUCUCCGUUGAGCACAUUCUCAUUCAAGCCAUGCUUUCCUCUCUACACUGCCUCCUCUUAUGCGGUGCCGGAAACACAUGGAACGAUUUGGUAGACCGAGAUAUUGAUGCGAGGGUCGCUCGAACAAAAUCCAGACCAUUGGCUUCCGGACGGGUCUCCACUAUCCAGGCGCUGGGGUGGAUGGUCGCUCAGUAUGCACUCUCGGUGCAGAUUCUAGUUUGGAUAUUGGAUGGGCAGAGGACUUGGAGCCUCAUGAUCCCACUAACAGCCACCAUCACCGUGUACCCAUAUCUGAAGCGACCUGUCUUCAGUAGGGUCUACAUCUAUCCCCAAUAUAUCCUCGGACUCGCCGUUAGCUACCCGGCAGUGACAGGCUGGGCUUCAAUUAAUGGGAAAGAUCAAACGGGGGCUGAUAUCGUCAACCAUUGCAUACCGAUAGUGCUUCUUGUCUUCUUCUGGUGCUUCUACUUCAACACGGCUUAUAGCUUCCAGGAUAGCGUCGACGACCGCAAGAUGAAAAUCAAUUCUGCGUAUGUCUUUGCUGGCAGCCGCAUCCGUUUGUUCCUCUUGUUCCUAAGCAUCCUGCCUAUCGUGACAAUUCCGUUUGUGGCUUCGAAAAUCAAUUCUCCUUGGCUGUGGUUCUCGUGGAUGGGAGUUUGGCUCGGUGCCAUGGUAAAGCAGAUUGUUCAGUUUGAUUCGGCAAAACCAGAGAGCGGCGCCCGAAUUCAUUGGGAAAAUUUCCUUUUGGGUAUAUGGACUACUUCUGCUUGUGUGGUUGAGGUCUAUUUACAGAAAACAGGGUUUUGGGAUACUGUUUAG